AUGAAGCAGCGGGUGUCGGAGCGCAUCGAGCAACUCAACAACAGGUUUAGGCCGCCAAAGUACCUGUGGAGAUCUUUUGCAGCCCUGGUCAUCGCUGGCCAGAGCAUCUUCCGCAUCUUUCAAGGCAAAAUACACUGGCGGAACACCCUGGAGCAAUUGAACCUGGUUGGGCCCCGGUCUCUGGGGGUGUGCCUCCUCACCUCCUUCUUCCUGGGCAUGGUGUUUACCAUCCAGUUCAUCAGGGAGUUCACGAAGCUGGGCCUGACGAGGACGGUGGGUGGUGUGCUGGCGCUCGCACUCGCGCGGGAAUUGACCCCGGUCGUCACCUCCAUCAUCGUGGCGGGGCGGGUUGGCAGCGCCUUUGCCGCCGAGCUCGGGACCAUGCAGGUCUCGGAGCAGACUGACUCUCUGAGGGUGUUGGGGAGCGAUCCCAUUGACUACCUCAUUACCCCACGCAUCCUGGCCUGCAUGAUAGCCACCCCCCUACUCAACAUCAUGUGCUUCUGCAUGGGUAUGGCGGCCAGCAUGCUGCUGGCAGAGGCGGCCUACAGCGUCUCGGCCAAUGUGAUCCUGGACUCUGCGAUGCGCAGCAUCUCUAGCUGGGACAUCCUGUCUUCCAUCCUCAAAUGCUGGGUUUUUGGGACCAUCAUCUCCUCGGUCAGCUGCUCGUGGGGAUAUACCACCACGGGAGGAGCCAAGGGCGUUGGGGAGUCCACCACCUCAGCCGUCGUCAUCUCGCUGGUGCUCAUCUUCAUCGCCGACUUUGCGCUGUCCUUCCUCUUCUUCCAGGGGCAGGGCGACGCUCUGCGCUCACUUGCCUGA